AUGGCACGAUGGCGAGGCGGAAGUUACAAAACUAUGGCUGAUCGAAAUGAAGCCAUACGAGCAAUGAAUGAAUUCAGAAGAGCAACAAAAGAGGAAAAGCGAAGAAAAGAUAAAGAAAAGCGAGACAAACGUAACGCAGAUAGAAGAAAAGCAGCUACCCCCAAAGCCAGGGCUACCCGUGCCGCCGUGACUGGCCGGUCUACACGCAGUACAGGGAGUCGAUUCUUGUUCCCAACAACCGGCACAGGGCGCACUGAUAUGCAAACUGAGUACGAUAAUAUUUCGAACGACAUGCCAAAAGACUGGCUACCAGCGAAUCUCAGAGCCAAUAUCAAUAAAAUGCCCCGCCCCAACCUUAGGCCUCGCGGCAUCGAGAACCCUGGCAACCAUUGUUAUUUGAACUCAAUACUCCAAGCUUUCAUGCAUAUGCCUCAGUUUCUUCACUGGAUUCGCGGCCAUGUAGUUACACAGAACUGUACCCCACACUGGGAGCCUGAGGACCCUGGUACCCGACCUGAUGAACGUAUAUACACACACGGGCCAUGUAUAUGCUGCAGCAUGAAGGCUUUGGUAGAGGAAUAUUGGGGCCCCACAGAUCCAUUGACCCGUCCAAUCCGUUGGACUUCUGCCUCUCUAGAAGCGAUCAAAAGAAUUGCAUUCCAGAACUUCGACACCGGUUUCUCACUAGAAACUGAAGCAAGAUUUGUUCGCGAGCAACAAGAAGAUGCACAAGAAGCUUUGGUCUUCCUUCAAAAUGUGCUCAACGACUACGACACUCGCACAGACCAAUUCGACGCAAUGUUCAGGCUAUGCCUUGUCCCAAUGCACACCUGCACCGACUGCGGGAAACACAAAGAAGCAGUCGUACAGACCGACGCUAAUCUUCUGGUCACCUUCGAUAAGCAGACGCACAACACCGUCGCAAGUGCCAUCCACGACAAGUUCGAGAAAUACCCCGGACCAGAAUCUAAGUGCGAGUCUGCGACCUGCGGAGGUGCCAACACCGACAAGCUACAAGUCUGGAUAAUCAGAGCAGCACCUCGCAUCCUCACCAUAACGUUAGUUGUUUUUGACUACCAGGAGGAUACCCCGAUCAAAAAGCUGCACGCGGUUGAGAUCGGGGAAGAGCUUGAUCUCACGCGGUACCAGGAGGUGAAGGUUGUUCCCCUGAAAUACAGACUGUCCACCGUCGUCUCACACAGUGGAAAUACCGCGAACGCCGGACAUUACGUUGCCAGUGUGCGGAGCCAGGGCGCCAGUCCUUUUUUCAAUAUCAACGACCAUCGAGUGUUGUCCAUCAACCCCGCAGAGUUUCGAGCGAAUCCGCAGAGACCCCCAGGGGUGCGUACUAUGCAGGGAUUUCAGGCUUAUAUGUUGACGUACAUCAUGGAUGAAGCGCCAGUCGAGCGCUUUCUCGGGGUCGGGGCGAGGGAAAGAGCGCGGUUGGCAUCUUGAAGCUUGAUCGUAGCCCAC